AGCUGCUGCGAGCAGAAAUUGACAAAAUUCAAAAGGGUGAAUCAAAGAAGGAUGAAGAAGAGACCUAUCUGGACUUGUUUUCUCAUAAAAACAUGAAACUGAAGGAACGAGUUCUUAUACCGGUCAAGCAGUAUCCUAAGUUCAAUUUUGUUGGGAAGAUACUGGGCCCCCAAGGCAACACCAUCAAGCGAUUACAGGAGGAAACUGGAGCGAAGAUUUCUGUCCUAGGGAAGGGAUCAAUGAGAGACAAGGCAAAGGAGGAAGAAUUGCGCAAAGGAGGCGAUCCAAAGUAUGCUCACUUAAAUAUGGAUCUGCAUGUUUUCAUUGAGGUCUUUGGCCCUCCCUGUGAGGCUUAUGCUCUUAUGGCCCAUGCCAUGGAAGAAGUCAAGAAGUUCCUUGUUCCGGAUAUGAUGGAUGAUAUCUGCCAGGAACAAUUUUUGGAGUUGUCCUAUCUCAAUGGGGUGCCAGAGCCAACACGUGGUCGGGGGAUCUCUGUCCGUGGAAGGGGAGCAGUUCCCCCUCCCCCGCCUGUUCCUAGAGGACGUGGUGUGGGUCCUCCUCCUCCUCCUCCCCGUGGAGCCCUUGUACGGGGUGCCCCAGUGAGGGGCGCAAUUGCAAGAGGAGCAGCUGUGACCCGCGGAGUCCCCCCUCUCCCAGCAGUGAGAGGGGCCCCUGCCUCAAGAGCUCGUGCAGCCGGCAUUCAGAGAAUACCGCUUCCUCCUCCUCCUGCACCAGAGACCUACGAAGAUUAUGGCUAUGAUGAUGCUUACGCUGAGCAAAGUUAUGAAGGAUAUGAAGGCUACUAUAGCCAGGGUCAACAGGAAACAGAAUAUUACGAUUAUGGACAUGGUGAAGCUCAAGAAUCUUAUGAGGCGUAUGGUCAAGACGACUGGAACGGAACUAGGCCUUCGCUCAAGGCCCCUCCUGCUAGGCCAGUGAAGGGAGCCUAUAGAGAGCACCCGUACGGACGCUAUUAGAACAUUCAGCAGGGCAAAUCACCCUUUUGAACAAACAGUUGUUUCUGAUUCUAGUGUCUCCCAGGAUUCCUCUUGCUUUACCACAACAGACAAGUAAUUGUCUCCCUGAUUUUUCUCUGGCUCCCUUUUUCUCCCACCUCCAUCCUCCCUGACCACUUGACCCUACAUUCUGCGUCUGUAUGUAGUAUUUUAAAUAAGUUAGAGUUAGAAAACUGAAUUCAACUUUUAAGUGUGUAGACUGCUUUUCUUUCUCUGUUUAGAUUAUAUAUAAAAACAACAACUGUACCUUUAAAAAGAAAACUUUGAGAUAAAAUGUUAGUUUCCAAAGUGACAUGCUUGCUUAACAGUUAUGGAAUUAAAGUUUGUUAAUCUUUAAAUUUUUUUGUUUUGUUUUUUAGGCAACCCAUAAAAGUUCUAGUUGCAGAAUCCCAAAGUAGGCUACAUUUCAAAAUUCAGAGUUUUUUUUUAAUGAAUUAAAAUGUAACUGUAGUAAUUGCCACAGUUAAAAAGCAAGGUCAAAUGUCAAAAUUUUGCCCUUAACAGCAAAUUGCUUGAUUAAUCUUAACUUUAAAUAUCAAUAGGAAGGCUCCUCUAGAACAAAUUAAAUGGUGGGUUGUUUUUUUCUUCAGUAGAUUUAAUUUUUUUUUUAAAAAAAAAUUAGGUUUGUAGAAAGACUUCCAAUGUGGAUAUUGAAAUUUGUCCCCGAAUUCUGGGAUGCUAAAGGCAGAGGUUUUCAAGCAAAAAGUGUUCUUAGCUCAAUUGUGCAUGAAGAGAUUUUAAGAAAAUGGACAUCUAGCUGCUCUGUAAUUUUAUAUUGCUCUAACUGCCCAGUGUUUUGAUAUUAAGAAAUAUUAAAUAUAAGUAGCUGUGCAUUGUGUCUUUUUUUCUUUAAUGGAAAGCUAACACGAGUGUUUGCAGUACAUAUUAUAGUUCAAGCUUACAAUUGGCAACAUUAUCAAGCUUUUAGUCAUUCCAGUGACAUGUUUGUGUGUCUCGACACUCGUAUUAUGUUAAAAAGGGACAUUGCAGCUGAAAAACCAAGGAGAGCUUAUUUUGUACAUAGAUUUGUACA